AUGUCCCCCGGUUGUUCCGGGCGGCCGGGCCGUGCUGAGGGCCGCGCCGACAUCAUCGAUGGGUACAUCUACUCCGGUGACAUUGGUCUCUGGGACGAGCGCGGCCGCCUGCGCAUCAUCGACCGGAAGAAGAACAUCUUCAAGCUGGCCCAGGGCGAGUACAUUGCCCCGGAGAAGAUCGAGAUCGUCUACGGCAAGGCCAAGUACGUGGCCCAGGUGUUUGUCCAUGGUGACAGCCUCAAGGCCUUCCUCGUUGGCAUUGUCAUUCCCGACGAGGAGACCCUCAUGCCCUGGGCCAAGGAGCAGCCCCACCUGGCCGGCAAGUCCUUCGAGGAGGUUUGCAAUGACCCGGCCGCCGUGGAUCUGGUCCUCAAGGACAUGGUCAAGACCGGCAAGGAGCUCGAUCUCAAGGGCUUCGAGCAGGUCAAGAAGAUCCACCUGACCCCGGUGCAGUUCUCCGUCGAGAACGACUGCAUGACCCCCACCUUCAAGCUCAAGCGCCCCCAGUGCAAGAGCUUCCACCAGGAGGUCAUCGACAAGAUGAUCGCCGAGGUCGAGGCCGCCGAGCAGGCCAAGUAA